AACAAUGGAAGUCAGGCCGGCGGGAGUGUGGCGGUCUUGUCCGAGAUAAAAGCCACAAUUUCUGCUAAAGCGGAGCGAUGGGGGCGACGGUGCGGCUUGGGAUGCUGCUGGUUCUCUGCAUCGCUGUGCUGCGUUCAGCAGGUUGCGGUGAUCGGGUGGAGGUCCACAUGGAACGCAGGGGUGUGAUCUUCAGCCCCUCCUGGCCUUUAAACUACCCUGCCGGAGUCAACUGCAGCUGGAACAUCCAGGCGGGCCACGGCGAGAUUAUCACCAUCAGUUUCCGGGUGUUUGACGUCGGCGAGCCGGGGAGCUGCGAGUCUGGUGACUGGCUGCUGAUGACAUCAUCGGGGUGGAGCGGCGGGGCUCCCGACUCGCACCGUCUGUGCGGUUCCGCUCGGCCGCCACCCUUCAUCACCAGCAAAGGGCGUGCUUGGCUCUACUUCCACUCCAAAGUCAACAGCUCGGGACAGGCUCAAGGCUUCCAUUUGUCCUACAUCAAAGGUCACUUGGGUCAGAGCAGCUGUCAGCAGGAUGAGUUCCUGUGCGGUAACGGCAAAUGCGUGCCACAAUCUUGGAAGUGUAACGAUCAGAACGAGUGCGGCGACGCCACUGACGAGCGGGGCUGCUCGCCUUUGCCCACCAUCUCCCCGCCAGGCCCGUGCCCGCGCGGGACGCUCCCCUGCGCCGCGGGGCGGUCCACCCGCUGCCUGGCCGCCGCCCUGCGCUGCGACCACUCCCGGGACUGCCCGGAUGGCAGCGACGAGCUCGGCUGCCCCGACACGGCCUGCGGCAAACGCCUAGGUCACUUCUACGGCUCCUUUGCCUCGCCCGAUUUCUUCCGCCCCACCCCGGGGGAGGCGGCCGAGCUGAGGUGCUCAUGGGUGGUGGACACGCGGGACCCCAAACCUAUCCUGCUGCGUUUGGACCUGCGGCUCGGGCCCGGGGAUGCGCUGCACGUGUACGACGGCGCCGUCCAUCGGGCCGAAAACCUCCUGCAGGUGCUUUCCUACCAUAACAAUCGUCGACCUACCUUGCUGGAGUCCAGCCGGGGACAAAUGAGCGUCCUUUACACUGCGAAACCCAGAAGCCCCGGACACGGCUUCAACGCCACCUACCAGGUAAAAGGCUACUGCUUCCCGGGCGAGCGCCCUUGCGGUAGCGAGCAGGGUUGCUACUCGGAACAUCAGCGCUGCGACGGCUACUGGCACUGCCCGUCUGGGAGAGACGAGGCGUCCUGCCCGGCGUGUCCCGACGGCGAGUUCCCGUGUGGUGGCGAAGCCGCAGCGGGCACCUGCUACCCAUCGUCAGAGCGCUGCAACAACCAGAAGAGGUGCCCGGACGGUUCAGAUGAGAACAACUGCUACGACUGCCAGCCGGGCAACUUCCACUGCGGCGACAACCUGUGCAUUUUCGAGACGUGGCGCUGCGACGGCCAGGAGGACUGCCCGGACGGCAGCGACGAGCGCGACUGCCCCACGGCGGUGCCGCGUAAAGUGAUCACGGCGGCGCUGAUCGGCAGCCUGGUGUGCGGCCUGCUGUUGGUGGUGGCGCUCGGCUGCGCCCUCAAGCUCCACGCCCUGCGCGGCCGCGAGUACCGAGCCUUCGAGACCCAGAUGUCGCGCAUGGAAGCUGAGUUUGUCCAGAGGGAGGCGCCGCCGUCUUACGGGCAGCUCAUAGCGCAGGGACUCAUUCCGCCUGUGGAGGACUUUCCCGCCUACAACCCCACACAGGCGUCCGUGUUGCAGAACCUUCGCUUAGCCAUGAGUCGACAACUCAGGCGUCACACAAGCCGCCGCUCGUCUGCUUCUUCGUCGUCAUCGCGGCGUCGCUUCGGGCACCUUUGGCGUCGCCUGUUCCGUCGCGGAGGCCGCGUUAGAGGCCACGCCCCUCUCCUGGACCCGCCAGCCGGCACGCAUGUCAACCUAGGGCUCCACAGCUACCGAACUUCGGCGGAUGAUGACGCUCACCUUGCCCGGGGGCAAUUGGAAGGCGGCGAGCUACCGGAAUGCGCAUCUGAAAGUCCCGCCUCUCCUCUCUCCUUCCAAUCAGGUGACAGCCCAGAGGGCGCAGCACUGUCUCUGGAGGCGCCCGGUCCAAGUGACCCUUCUGGGCCGCCCCUUCUUCCAAUUCCCCACUCUCGUUCCUCUAGAAAACUGGUUCUGGAUCUGGCGCUAAACAUGAAGGGAGUCUCGCUUCGACGCUACUCCCCACUUGGGCCUAUCUCGCCAGCUAAUAGCCUGGCAACUACCUCCCAUCCACUGGGGGGCGUACCCCCGUCGUCGUCAUCGUCGGAAGGCGACAGUAGCGGUCGGGCGGCGGAGAUGAGAUGCAAGGAGGUGAGGAAGAGAAGGAGGAGGAAGAGGAAGGAGGGCAGUGACCCUUUGAGUCGGCAAAUGACGCCUUGCUGACAAUGGACCCUCGCGAAGUGUCCUUGAUGCCCGCUUACGUCAAUUAAAACUGAAUGCAAACACCCGGGACUCCAAUUUAAAGGAAUUCGAACAAUUAUAAGCUAACAGGUUGAAAUGCCAUGGCCGCCUUUUAGUCACUAUCUAGUGCCAAUAUCCUUUGCUACCAAGCCAUAAAUGGACAGUUUAUUUUAAUGCUGGCUUGCUAAGAAAUCAUUGUUUUGUCAUUGGGGACCUGGACAAUUUCUUUGCCUUUCAGGAAGCUGAUCGUACGCCUCUAUUUGUGACUCUGAAAGAUUACGAAAAAAUUGGACUGGGUCAUGUUCGACCGGUUAAAAACAAAUGAUGCGAAACGAGUUGGAGAAAAAUGUUUGUUUGUAAGCUAGCUAGCAGGCUACCUCCCGGUUCUACCAUUUGCAUUCUGGAGCAGGGGGAACCGAUAUGGUUUGACCAAAAGAGAGGCUAGUUCUUCGUUGAACGCAAUGUACAGUCUUGAAACAGAUUAUUUUUACAUGUUAGUGAGCUGUGUAUUUUCGACAAUGACUUAAGUAGCUUAGCUUUAGCGCUGUUGGAUAUUUUACGCGCCGUGCCGCCAUUACAGAUGCCUACCAUGUGCCAUGUUCUCUUGAGCUCUUUGCUGUUUCAAGACGUUUGAUCAUUCAUUCAAAUACUUGGCAACCAGCCUAAGGUCCAGGUACUAAUGCUAUCGAGAGGAAACAAAAAUACAGCUGGUUCGUGAAACCAAUAUGAAGCUUCAUCUCGUAAAACACUAAUGUAAGCAUGUGAUGGACCUUAAGCUGGUUAGCAAGGAUAGCGAAUGAAUACUCAAACGGCUUUCCAUACUUUCUUGCCUCGUCUUUUGCUGCUUGCGUUGGUCAUAGAGUAGUUUAGUGCUCCCGAAAAUGCCUUAAAUGCUUCUUUUCCUUCCUGUUGUCCCCGUAAAAAUGCACUAGCGGAUGUUUGCUCGCUACAGCUAUAAGAGGCUACAAGAUAUGUUGCAUUUAAUAAAACUGGCAAUUAUGCAACUUUUUUAAUGUCACAAUCAUCACCGUCAAAGUCCAGAGGCGAGUUUUGCAAACAAAAAUGUCAAGCCGUUAACGACGGGGGAAAAUAUGCGCUCUAAAAUGAACGUCGCUGAUUCGGUGGUGAUGUUUUGAAUAUCAAAAACACCGCGACUAUUCCGAUAUCCCAGUUUUAUGGAAUGCAGGACAAAGUAACAGACUUGGGAUUGUUUAGCAGUGUAAGCAUGCAGGGAAAAUAAACACUGGGCUGGUGUAGGAAGAAUGUGUAUAUAUUUCUAUAUUUGAGCUGAAAGAGUUAAGCUAGCAUUUUCUCAUGGAUGUGUUGGGUUGUUAGAAAAAGAAAAUAUUAGUCGUUCAUUUGUUUUGGUGCCUGCGGUCAAUAAAGUUUGAGAAGUUUGAAAUUUU